AUGACCGCCAAUCCGUUCUCUCCCACGACGCAAAAUGACUACUAUGUCUCCACAUUCUCGGCAUUAUCCGACGCAACAUGCCUGCUGUCUGAUGCCAUCGCAACAGAAUCCAUCAACUACUCGCCCAAACACCGCAAGAGUCAGUCCACGCCGUCACGAAAGAUCAACAUGAAGAACUUGUCGUUGAAUCUCGCACCAGAAGUUGCUGGUGUGCAAAUUUCACCGAGAGCUGAAAAGUCGAAUCUGCAAAAAUCAGAAGCCAAUCCUCCAGCCAGAAGACAGACCUUGACCCUUUCUAUUCCAUCGCUGCCGCUCCAAACGAGUCCAAAACGUAACAACGCUCCGUCACUACUACGAAGCAAUACAGAUAUUGUGGUAGGACAAACCAAAACCUCCCUCGCCAGUGCAUUGAGCUCGCCAUUUUCUGCUCAAGUCGACUCCCUUUCUUCCCAAAUCAACGAUGUCAACAUAAGCGAAGAACAAAACAUCGAUGUUCGUCUCCUACUAUCCCGGUCAGGAGAAACCGUCUCUUCUAUCCAACACCAGUUUCCAGAGGAAUUGCAAGAACUGAACCUGUUGGACGCAUAUACAAGUGGUCCUGCCAAUGUGCUCAACAAUUGCAUUUUCCUCUAUUCGGACCCCGUCAAUAGUCCUCGCCAAAUUGACAUUAAUGAUUAUGAUCUCGUGAUAAAUGUGGCCAGAGAGUGUGCCGAUAUGUCUCUGGAACAUCUCCCACAUCCAGGAAAAAGGUACAUGUAUGUGCCGUGGUCGCACACUUCGGCCAUACUGAAAGAACUCCCCACAAUAAUCAACGCUAUUAGCGACUUUGAUGACAGCGAUAAACCUCUGCUGCAACCGAAAAGAAAGAUACUAGUUCAUUGCCAGUGUGGAGUGUCAAGAUCUGCCUGCGUUAUUGUGGCCUACUUCAUGUUCAAGUUUGGUAUCAGUGUGAACCAAGCAUACGACCUCCUCAAGCUGGGCUCAGCUCCUCAAACCCCAAGCAAAUCUGGACUCAUGUCUCCAUUCGUGGCUGCUAAAUCUUAUAAAUCGGUACCUUCCGCUUACACCAUAGACGCAUGUUCUCUCAUAUGCCCCAACAUGCGACUAAUUUUUGAACUAAUGGAGUUUGGAGACUCUCUAAGCUAA